AUGAUCGAGCCGGGGCUCAACAAUACCCUAAUCUCCAACUCGAGAAGCAUAUCAUCUAUUCAAGAAUCGUCAACAAGUACAUCAUCUAAUGGAUCGAUGACAACAAGCCACAACACCAGGAGUGCACUGGACACAAUCUCUUCAUCGUCAAGCAUUUUUUUGUCCUCAUCUUCGUCACUUUCCUCUUCGAUCCAAUGUCUGAAGAGACCCUCGACGUCUGCUCCUGUCACGUCUAGCAUUAGUUCCAGCGCCCUUUCCAGCUCAAAUGCGAACUCCACGAGUCAUCAAACUUCUUCCCAUGCCUACAAUUCUUCUACCUUCUCACAGAGAUUCUCGAACACGUCUCAACCUUUAACUUCAAGUUCAUCCUCUCAAACAGAUAUCUCGAUAAGCAGCUCGUCGCUUACUCAAGCUGCAUCCAGCGAGACUUCCGAAGACGAAUGUUGGAAUCCCCAAUCUCCAUAUACUGCGCAAGAGCAGCAGAUAUCAUAUACUGGUCUCGUCAUCACAGCAUCAGAUCAAGAUCAAGAUAAUCCUCCAAGUCUACCGACAUCCGACGCGGACCAAGUCCCACCAGACGAACCUCCAGUUUUCCCAACUUUACCACCGAAGGAAAAUCCCCCAUUGCCUCCAGUGCAAACUCCAGCACCUGCUAAGAAUCCACCCAACGCCCCACAGAUAGUGACGAAUUUACCGCCUGCUCAGAACCAACAGCCAAAUCGCUCUCCACCUAAAGACUCAGAAGUUCUACAAGGUCAUCAAAAUAACCCAUUUAUGCUGCCAGCUACCAGCCCAGUCCAACUUCAUCAACAAAGACCAGGCCCGUUGAUUCCACCUGUCGCGGCUACCAGUCAGAAGCAGCAGAAUCCACUUCUAGUAACAGCACUAGCAUCUGGUAAAGGACAACAAAAUACCCCUCAAGUUCUACAGACUACAACAGCUGCAUCGAUCGAGGCUUCCUCACAAAGUCACACUUUAAUGGAAAGCGGGAAACCUCUUGGUACAACAUCUAAGCCCCAAGCCCUGCCCUUGAGCUCUCGAAGCUCAAAAGGUUCACAGGUAUCACCUCUUCGGCCUUCUUCAUCAACCAAACCAGGCAGUCGGAUAACCAUAAUAACAACAAGUACGGUAUCUGUCAAUUCAACGGAGUAUGAGUAUCAUAUCACGACUUUGACGCGCACUAUCUACGUGACCAAUACUCCUUCAGGAAAGAAGCUUGAGGCGUCAGGUUACUCAACGCCUCGCUCAAGUCGUAAUCUAGCUGCUAUCAGUUCUUCGUCGUCUCUUCAUUCGCCUUCUAGCAACAGUCAAACCCUAGGUGGAGUUCAUGGACCUGGAUCCGUACAUCAAGUCAGUACUACGUCUGCAAAGCUUGGACUGUCAAGCUACUCCACUUUUCACACAAGUCCUGGUUCCCCUCUCAGCUCCUCUUCGUUGUCGCUCCAUCUCCCGUUUGGCAACACGCAAGGUUCUUCUGUCACUCAUGGAUCUGGGUUCGUUAAUGGUGUCACUACUGCAUCUGGCAAAGUUAUUACAGAACAAAGUCAAUUUGGCUCUAGGUCGGCAAGAGCUUCAGAAGUAUCACCAAUGGUGACUGGGCCUAGACAAAUGAUCACCGUUUCUACCAUUGUCAAUAGUACAAGUUCUGGGGCUCCAAUGAGUGCGAAAAUCAAUGAUUUGUCUACCAAACUCUCUCAGAACAAAACGAGCACACCUGCCAACGCUAGCUCUUGA